AUGCCCAUCCUGUUGUUCCUCAUAGACACGUCCGCCUCUAUGAACCAGCGCACUGACCUGGGCACCUCCUAUUUGGACAUUGCCAAAGGCGCUGUAGAGUUAUUCCUAAAGCUGCGCGCCCGGGACCCGGCCAGCCGCGGAGACAGGUACAUGCUGGUCACCUACGACGAACCCCCGUACUGCAUCAAGGCUGGUUGGAAGGAAAACCAUGCAACAUUCAUGAGUGAACUCAAAAAUCUUCAGGCUUCUGGACUGACUACUCUUGGUCAGGCUCUAAGAUCCUCAUUUGAUUUGUUAAAUAUCAAUAGAUUAAUAUCUGGAAUAGACAAUUAUGGACAGGGGAGAAAUCCAUUUUUUUUAGAACCAUCUAUUUUAAUUACCAUCACAGAUGGGAAUAAGUUAACAAGUACUUCUGGUGUUCAAGAAGAGCUUCAUCUUCCUUUGAAUUCUCCUCUACCUGGGAGUGAACUAACCAAAGAACCUUUUCGUUGGGAUCAAAGGUUAUUUGCCCUGGUGUUGCGUCUGCCUGGAUUGGCUUCUACUGAACCAGAGCAUUUGGGGAGUGUCCCAGCUGAUGAAUCUGCCAUCACACAGAUGUGUGAAGUUACAGGAGGUCGCUCCUACUGUGUUAGAACACAAAGAAUGUUGAAUCAAUGUUUAGAAUCUCUAGUCCAAAAAGUUCAGAGUGGUGUAGUUAUUAACUUUGAAAAAACAGGACCAGAUCCACUUUCUACUGGAGAAGGUCUUACAGAUUCAUCUAGACCAUUUGCUGUUCAACCAUGGCAUAGCUGUCACAAGCUCAUUUAUGUACGACCGAACUCUAAAACUGGCGUUCCUGUUGGACAUUGGCCAAUUCCAGAAUCUUUCUGGCCUGAUCAGAAUUUACCUUCACUACCUCCACGAACAUCUCAUCCUAUUGUGAGGUUCUCCUGUAUAGACUGUGAGCCAAUGGUAAUUGACAAACUUCCAUUUGAUAAAUAUGAACUUGAACCUUCACCCUUAACUCAGUACAUCUUGGAAAGAAAGUCUCCCCAGACCUGCUGGCAGGUAUUCGUUACUAGCAGUGGAAAAUAUAAUAAUGAACUUGGAUAUCCGUUUGGCUAUUUAAAAGCCAGUACAACAUUAACUUGUGUAAACCUCUUUGUGAUGCCAUACAACUAUCCAGUUUUACUUCCUCUUUUAGAUGACUUGUUUAAAGUUCACAAACUUAAACCAAAUAUGAGGUGGCGACAGACUUUUGAAAGCUACUUAAAAACUCUGCCUCAAUACUACUUAUUACCAUUAAAGAAAGCACUAAGGAUGAUGGGAGCUCCAAAUCUGAUAUCAGAUAAUUUAGAUUGUGGACUUAGUUACAGUGUUAUCUCUUACCUUAAAAAACUCAGCCAACAGACCAAACUUGAGUCAGAACGACUACUAGCAUCAGUGGGGAAGAAACCUCCCCAGGAAAUUGGAAUCAAAGUGAAAAAACAUUCUGGAGGUGGAAUGUAUUUGGCUCACAAUAAAAAGCUGUUGAAAGAAAUUACAGAAGAAUCUUCACCAAGACUGACAGAGUUGAAUACCAAAGAAUUUCCUAGCUUCCAAGUAGGUCUCUUAAACAAGGAUUUGAAACCUCAAACAUAUAGAAAUGCAUAUGAUAUUCCACGUAGUGGACUUUUAGACCAGUUAACCAGAAUGAGAUCCAACCUGCUGAAAAAAACACACAAACAUAUUGUUGGACAAGAUGAAGAUUCCCUUCAUAGUGUUCCAGUUGCACAAAUGGGUAACUAUCAGGAAUAUCUAAAGACACUUCCUUCUCCACUUCGAGAGAUUGAUCCAGAUCAACCAAAAAGACUACACACUUUUGGCAAUCCUUUUAAACAAGAUAAGAAGGGAAUGAUGAUUGACGAAGCAGAUGAUUUUGUAGCAGGACCACAAAACAAAGUAAAACGUCCUGGAGAACCCAGUAAUCCUCUGUCAUCUAAGAGAAGGCGGAGUAUGUCGCUGCUGUUGAGGAAACCACAAACAUCAUCUACUGUAACUAACCAAGUGGGCGGAAAGGAACAACCCUCAGCCUCCUGGUUCUCAUCUUCUCCAAACCUCAUGAAACCCACUGUUGUGCAUACAGAUACCACUGGCAUUCACCAUGUCCCUGAGGAGAAGAUAGAAAAUGUUCCACUUCUACCUGAUAGCCUCUUCUCAAAAUCUGCUGCACCAGAUCUUACAAAUAUGGCAGGAGAUCGUGUUCCAGCCAACCAAUUGGAUCUUCAGUCUGAUAACUUUGCUAGUCUCCGGAAAGAUGACCUGAUUCAUAAACCUGGGCAUCACACACUUGGAGGAGGAAUGAAAAUCUGCAGUGUGUCUAUGGAUGAUCGUAAAGCCUCCGAAGCAUCUUCUUCGAGAACUGUGCCAAAUCCAUUACACAUAACUCCUGCCAUGGCACAAGGAAUCAACGCUGAUAUAAAAAAUCAGUUAAUGAAGGAAGUUCGAAAAUUUGGACGGAAAUAUGAAAGAAUUUUCACUUUGCUGGAAGAAGUACAAGGAUCUCUUGCGGUCAAGAAGCAAUUUGUUGAAUUUACUAUUAAAGAAGCUGCAAGGUUUAAAAGACGAGUCUUAAUUCAGUACCUUGAAAAGGUACUGGAAAAAAUAGAAUCCUAUCUUCUCAAAAAUGUUUAUCAUGGAAGCAGCCGAUCAUCAUGUUAA